AUGUAUCUGGUCCGUAGUGAGGCGCAGUGCCGCGACUGUCCAGCAGAUGUCGCGCUUGUCGCAGGCACCAGUGCAGAGGAGGCGGCUCCAGUCCAGCGGCCCUGCGUCUGUCUGGAUGUAGAGGAAAAAUGGCCACCGGGACAGACACACAAACACGGGCUGUGGACGCCAGGAGACUGCACAGGAGCUUGUGACAUAUGGAUAUUCUCACAGCAGCUUGCAUCGACUCGUUCACCCCACUGGAGGUUCACAGCGUCCUACCCACAGUCUGCAGCCAGCGCUCUCCGCCCUGCCGUCAGGAUGAACAUGGUGAAGCGUAUGAUGGGCCGGCCGCGGCAGGACGACUGCAGCCCGCAGGACAACGCCCUCGGCCUCAUGCACCUGCGCCGCCUGUUCUCCGAGCUGUGCCACCCGCCGCGUCACAUGACCCAGAAGGAGCAGGAGGAGAAGCUCUACAUGAUGCUGCCCGUCUUCAACCGGGUUUUUGGGAAUGCUCCGCCCAGCAGCAUGAUGGACAAGUUCUCAGACCUGUUGCAGUUCACUACACAAGUGUCUAGACUCAUGGUGACUGAGAUCCGCCGCAGGGCCUCCAAUAAGUCCACAGAGGCUGCAAGCCGGGCUAUUGUGCAGUUCCUGGAGGUGAACCAUAGUGAGGAGGCCAGUCGGGGCUGGAUGCUGCUGACCACCAUCAACCUGUUGGCGUCCUCUGGACAGAAAACCGUGGACUGCAUGACCACCAUGUCUGUGCCCUCCACUUUGGUCAAAUGCUUGUAUCUGUUCUUUGACCUGCCUCACAUGGUGGAGGCUCCGGUGGGCACAGUCCCUCCACCUCCACCGCCCCCGUCCCAGGACAAGACCCCCGGACAGGGCCAGAGCCAGACCCACUCAGAACUGCCCCUGGCCGACCGCCGCGCACUGCUGCAGAAGGUCUUUGUUCAGAUCCUGGUAAAGCUGUGCACCUUCGUGUCCCCGGCGGAAGAGCUGGCUCAGAAGGAUGACCUGCAGCUGCUGUUCAGUGCAAUCACCUCCUGGUGCCCCCCCCACAACCUGCCCUGGAGGAGGAGUGCGGGGGACGUACUCACCACCAUCUCCAGGCACGGCCUCAGCGUCAACGUGGUCAAGUACAUCCACGAGAAGGAGUGCCUGUCCACGUGUGUCCAGAACAUGCAGCAGUCUGAUGACUUGUCUCCAGUGGAGAUCGUGGAGAUGUUCGCGGGUCUCUCCUGUUUCCUCAAAGACUCCAGUGACGUGUCUCAGACGCUGCUGGACGACUUCAGAAUGUGUCAGGGAUACAGCUUCCUCUGUGAUCUGCUGCUCAGACUGGAACAGGCCAAAGAGGACGAGUGUAAGGACGCCCUGAAGGACCUGGUGAACCUGGUGACUUGUCUGUGCACAUACGGGGUCAGCGAGCUCAAACCUGCAGGACUGACCACCGGAGCGCCAUUCCUACUGCCCGGUUUCAUCCUGCCUCAGCCCUCCGGCAAAGGCCACACGGUACGGAACAUGCAGGCCUUCUCAGUGCUGCAGAAUGCUUUUCUUCGUGCUAAGAGCAGCCGCCUGGCCUGCAUGCUGCUCGAUGCCAUCGGAAACAUUUACGCUGCCGAACCGUCCAACUAUUUCAUCCUGGAGUCGCAGCACACGCUGUCGCAGCUGGCAGAGCGCGUGGCCAAGCUGCCCGAAGCACAGACCAAGUAUUUUGAACUGCUGGAGUUUGUGGUGUUCAGCCUGAACUAUGUGCCGUGUAAGGAGCUGUUCAGUGUCAGUGUGUUGCUCAAGUCCAGCUCUUCGCACUCGUGCAGUGUGAUCGCUGUGCGGACUCUGCUCAAACUGUCCCGACACGACCUUGUUUUCUGUGAUGUGCUGCGGGAGGUGGGGCUCCUGGAGGUGCUGGUCAACCUGCUGCACAAGUACGCCGCCCUCUUGAAGGAGCCUGGUGCCCAGCCCACGCACAGCCAAGACCAGGCCGAUGGGAAAAGGACGGACGCGCUGGACGAGCCCAAGCAGCUGGCCUUGAUUGUCAUGGAAACGCUGACCGUUCUGCUCCAGGGCUCCAACACUAACGCAGCUCUGUUCCGAGAGUUCGGUGGUGCGCGCUGUGUCCACAACAUAGUGAAGUACCGGCAGUGUAGGGAGCACGCGCUGCUCAUCAUCCAGCAGUUGGUGCUCUCUCCCAGCGGAGACGACGACAUGGGCACCCUGCUGGGUCUCAUGCACUCUGCCCCGUCCAGCGAACUGCAGCUCAAGACGGACAUCCUGCGGGCUCUUCUGCUGGUGCUGCGGGAGAGCCACCGCACCCGCACAGUGUUCCGGAAGGUGGGAGGCUUUGUGUAUGUCACCUCGCUGCUGGUGGCGAUGGAGCGCUGCCUGUGCCAGCCGCCGAGCCACGGCUGGGAGCGCGCCAACCAGAACCAGGUGUUUGAGCUGCUCCACACGGUCUUCUGCACUCUGACCGCCGCCAUGCGCUACGAGCCCGCCAACUCGCACUUCUUCAGGACCGAGAUCCAGUACGAUAAACUGGCCGACGCUGUCAGGCUCCUUGGUUGUUUCUCGGAUGUGAAGAAGCUGGGUUCCACCGGAGUCUUUCCGUCCAAUGCCCAGCCUUUCCAGAGGCUGCUGGAGGAGGAGCUCGGACCCACAGGGGGAGGGGACUGCGUCUGCCCCACGCUCAAACACUGCAGCAAGCUCUUCAUUUACCUCUACAAGAUGGCUACUGACUCCUUCGACAGCCGCACAGAGCAGCUCCCUCCCUGUCUGACUCAGGAGACCUCCCUGCCCUCCCCCUGGGGCACCCCCGCCCUCACCCGGAAGAGGAUUGGGUACUACGGCUCCUCUGCUCCGGUCAAAGUGCUCACGGAGCUGAAGCUGCACUUGUCUGCCUCUCCAGCACCCCCUACCUCUGCGUCUCUGUCUGACAUGGUGGUCAUCCAUCCAGGGGCAGUGCUGGCCAUUCUCGACCUGCUGCCCUCUGUGAGCUCCGACAGCCAGCCUGAGCAUGCCCUGGACCUGCAGUUGGCUGUUUCCAACGUCCUGCAGCAGCUGGUGAGCUCUGAGAGGAACCAGCAGAUUCUGUGUGAGGCCUGUGUGCACCAGAAGCUGCUCCAGCGCUGCAGCCAGGCUCUGGGCGACGAGGAGCACCCACUGCACCCUCCUCUGCAGAGGAUGUUUGAGAGGCUGGCCUCUCAGGCCCUGCUGCCCACGCCUUUGAGGGAGUUCCUGCGGCUGGGGGAUCCUCUGAACUGUGGGGCGUGGGACAAGAAGCAGCUGAAGCAGUACCGUGUGCACAAGCCCAGCUCUCUCAGCUACGACCCAGACAUGAGGAACAGUAUGACUCUGUCCAUGGAGGGCUUUGGACCCGACAGCGUCUUCACCACUCCGGCCGAGGACAAUGGGCAGUACCGCAUCAGCCGCAGCCUGGUGCGCUCAGCAGAGGGCAGCACAGUGCCCCUCACCAGGGUCAAGUGUCUGGUCUCCAUGACGACGCCCCAUGACAUCCGACUGCACGGUUCAGCCGUUACUCCGCCGUUUGUGGAGUUCGACACCUCACUGGAGGGUUUCGGCUGCCUGUUCCUGCCCAGUCUGGCGCCCCACAAUGCACCUCCCCACACGGCCGGGGGCUCGGCGGUCAGCGACGGAGCCGUGCUCAGCGGCAUCGGCACAGGGGAGCGCCUCUUCCCUCCUGCCUCUGGCCUGACGUACUCCAGCUGGUUUUGUGUGGAGCGCUUCAGUGUGGCCCCUCAUCCCCAUCCGCUGAGACUGCUGACCCUGGUGCGGAGGGCCAGCUCCUCAGAGCAGCACUACGUGUGUCUGUCUGUGGUGCUGUCGGCGAAAGACCACUGCAUCUCUGUGUCCACCAAGGAGGAGCUGCUGCACACUUACUGCUGCAUGAUUACUCGGUACGUGUUGCAUUGUGACGAUCAGGCUAAAUCUCUGUGUUUAGAGCAGAAAUACAAGGCGGCCGAAGAGUCCAGUGAUGAGUCGUCCUUCUAUGAGCUGCUGCCCUGCUGUGCUCGCUUCCGCUGCUCUGAGCUCAUUGUGGAGGGACAGUGGCACCACCUAGUGUUGGUUAUGAGCAAGGGCAUGCUCAAGAACAGCAUGGCAACGCUCUACCUGGACGGACAGCUUGUCAGUACAGUCAAGCUCCACUACAUCCACAGUGGUCCAGGUGGCUCUGGCUCUACUAACCCCCCCGUGGUGAGCAGCGUGUACGGCUACAUCGGGACGCCCCCUGCCCAGAGACAGGUGUCCAGCCUGGUGUGGCGCCUUGGGCCCAGCCACUUCCUGGAGGAGGUCCUGCCUGCCUCCACCGUCACCACCAUCUACGAGCUGGGGCCGGACUUUGUGGGCAGCUUCCAGGCGGUCUACCCCCCAUGUAAAGAGUGGAAGAGCGACAUGCCCCCAGUGUCUGCAGUGGUGCUGGUCCCAGAAGAGAAGCUCUCCUUCAGCCUGUACGCACACUCCGUCUCGACUCUCACCGUGGCCAAGAUCCGAAAACUCUACAACAAACUGGACAGCAAAGCCAUCGCCAAACAGCUCGCUGUGUCGUCCCAUGAAAACGCCACUCCAGUGAAGCUGCUCCACAACGCAGCCGGACACCUGAACGGCCCAGCCCGCACGCUCGGAGCGGCCGUCAUUGGAUAUUUAGGAGUGCGAGCCUUCGUGCCCAGACCCGUGGCCACCAGUCUGCAGUAUGUGGGCGGGGCGGCUGCCAUCUUGGGUCUGGUUGCCAUGGCGUCAGACGUGGAGGGGCUGUACGCGGCGGUCAAAGCUCUGGUGUGUGUGGUGAAGAGUGACCCACUGGCGAGUAAGGAGAUGGAGCGCAUCAAAGGCUACCAGCUGCUGGCCAUGCUGCUGAAGAAGAAGCGCCCUCUGCUCAACAGCCAUAUCCUCCAUCUGACCUUCUCCCUGGUGGGCACCGUGGACAGCGGGCACGAGACCUCCAUCAUCCCAAACUGCACCGCCUUCCAAGACCUUCUCUGUGACUUUGAGGUCUGGCUGCACGCCCCCUAUGAGCUGCAUCUGUCUCUGUUCGAGCAUUUCAUUGAACUGCUCACAGAAUCCAGUGAAGCGGCUAAGAACGGUAAGCUGCUGCGAGAGAUGGGUCUGAUUCCCCGGCUCCUGCUGACCCUGCGGGACCCCUCUCUGUCCCAGCCCACAGUGGGGGCCAUCAGCAACGUGCUCAGCCUCCUCCUGCAGGGCUUCCCCAACCCCCUGGAGCUGCUGCGCUUUGGACAGUUCAUUGCCUCCACGCUGCCCACAUUUGCCGUGUGUGAAAAGUUUGUUGUCAUGGAGAUCAACAACGAAGAGAAGCUGGACGCAGGAGAGGACGACUUCGGCGGCCUGCUCUCGGCUUCUAUCAUCCUCCUGAGGAACCGUCUGCUGGACUGUCUGCUGCGGCUGCUCUUCACCCCCAAAGAAAACCCCAAAGACAAGAGCCAAGUCAACGCUCAGGCCUGUGAGGAGGUGGUCCGGACCCUGGGCUUUGACUGGCUCCUGAUGCUGAUGGAGGAGCACCUUCACUCCACCACGGUGACCGCAGCUCUGUGGAUCCUGGUGGUCCUGCUGUCCAACGCCUCCAUCCUGCACCGCUUCAAAGAGGGUCUGUGUGGGGGCGGCUGGCUGGAGCACACAGACUCUGUGCUCAGCAACCGCAUCGGCACCGUGCUGGGGUUUAACGUUGGCCGAAGCGCUGGCGGCCGGUCCACGCUGCGAGAGAUCAAUCGGGAGGCCUGUCACUUCCCAGGGUUCCCGGUGCUCCAGUCGCUGCUGCCCAAACACACAAACGUCCCGGAGCUUUACUUCCUGCUCAUGGCUCUGUUCCUGCAGCAGCCUGUGCCCGAGCUGCCGGACAGUCUGCAGUUCGACUUGGACUCCAUCUGGUCCUUCAUAUUCGGGGUCCCGGCCUCCAGUGGGACUGUGGUGGGCUCCGUCAGCUCCGUGUGCACUGAUGCUGCACUGCUGCUGCUGGCCAUGCUGCGCAGUAUGCUCAACCUGCCCUGGCAGUCGGAGGAGGAGGGCUCGUGGCUGCGGGAGUACCCAGUGACCCUCAUGCAGUUCUUCAGAUACUUGUACCACAACCUGCCGGACCUGGGCCCCAUGUGGCACAGCGCCGACUUCCUGUGCGCUCUGGCCGCCACCGUCUUCCCCUUCAACAUCCGGCCCUACUCUGAAAUGGUGACCGACCUGGACGACGAGGCUGGUUCUCCCACAGAGGAGUUCAAGGCGUUCGCGGCGGACUCUGGUAUGAACCGCAGCCAGUCUGAAUACUGCAACGUGGGCUCCAAGACGUCCCUGACCAAUCACCCGGCCAAGAAGUAUGUGCUGGACUUCAUGAGGGUCCUGAUCAUGGACAACAUGUGCAACACGCCGGCCUCCAAACAGACCCCCAUCCUGGACCUGCUGCUGGAGGCAUCUCCAGAGCGUUCUACUCGCACUCAGCAGAAGGAGUUCCAGUCUAACAUCCUGGACGGGGUCAUGGAGCACCUGCUGGCCGCCGACGUCCUCCUCGGUGAAGACGCCUCGCUGCCCCUGAGCUCCGGGGGAAACUACCAGACUCUGGUGAAUAACGUGUUCUACUUCAGCCAGCGUGUGGUGGACAAGCUGUGGCAGGGCAUGCUCAACAAGGACUCCAAACUGGUGGUGGACUUCGUGGUGCAGCUCAUUGCACAGUCCAAACGCCGCACGCAGGGCCUGUCUUUGGACUCUGUAUACCACUGUCUGAACCGCACCGUGCUCUACCAGCUGUGUCGGCCUCACAAGACCGUGGCCCAGCAGGUGGCGCUGCUCGACGCACUGCGGGUCCUCACCGUCAACCGUAACCUGGUUCUGGGCCCAGCCAACCACGACCAGGAGUUUGUGGCCUGCCUGGCUCACUGCUUCAUCUGCCUGCACUCUGGGAGCGGUGUGGAGGGCUUCGGGCUGGAGGCAGAGGCGCGGAUGACCACCUGGCACGUCAACAUGUCGGCCGAGAGCGAAGGGGACAGCUCUCCCAGUCAGGACGUCAGCGAGGGCCGACAGCUGCUCCUGAAGGCAGUGAACCGUGUGUGGACAGAGCUCAUGCACAGUAAGAGGCAGAUGCUUGAGGACAUCUUCAAAGUCUCGCUGCCUUGCAACGACCGCGGCCACGUGGACAUCAUCACUGCCCGGCCAGCGCUGGAGGAGCCUGCACUCAAGAGCUGGCAGAACCACCUUGCCCAUGAGAAGAAGUGCAUCAGCCGGGGGGAGGUGGUGGUGCCAGUGACACAGUCCAAGCUGUCGCGGGUCAGCAGCGGCUUCGGUCUCUCCAAACUGACUGGAGUCCGCCGCAACAGGAAGGACAACAGUCUCAACAAGAACAGCAUGUCUGCACAGGAGACGUUUCAGUGGAUGUUCACACACAUCGCUGUGGUGAAGGACCUGGUGGCCAUGCAGUACAAAGAGCACACUGAGCGGCAGCAGAAUACUCUGAAGUAUGUGACUGAGGACUGGGCCUCUAAGGAGUACGAGCUUCUGCGGGAGAGGGGUCUCUGGGGGCCCCCUAUUGGCUCUCAGCUCGACAAGUUUGUGCUGGAGAUGACGGAGGGCCCCUGCCGCAUGAGGAAGAAGAUGGUGCGCAACGACAUGUUCUACAUCCACUACCCCUACGUGAGCGAGAGCAGCACCCAGAAGCCACAGCGGUACAGACGUGCCAUCAGCUAUGACAGUAAGGAGUACUACAUGCGUGUGCUGAGUGGAACCCCAGGGAUGUACCAGCACUCUGUGGAGCCCAGUGCAGAGAGAGAGACCAGCCAGCAGGAGCCAGAGCAAGGAGAGGACACCAUCGCUCGCGUCAAAGGUUUGGUCAAGGCGCCCCUGAAGCGCUCCCGGUCCACUGCAGACGGAGCCGAUGAGGACAGUCUGGAGCAAAGCCAGGACCUGCUGCUGGAGUCCGGAGGUCUGGAGGACGAACAGAGACCUGACAACACUGCCCUUCUGCGGCUACUGGAGGAGGGCGAGAAGAUCCAGCACAUGUACCGCUGUGCGCGCGUACAGGGCCUGGACACCAGCGAGGGACUGCUUCUCUUUGGGAAGGAGCACUUCUACGUGAUCGACGGCUACACCAUGACCGUGUCCAGGGAGAUCCGCGACAUCGACACGCUGUCCUCCAAUCUGCACGAGCCCAUCAUCCCGCGGGGAGCCAGACAGGGCCAGAGCCAGCUGAAGAGAACCUGCAGCAUCUUCGCCUACGAGGACAUCAAAGAGGUGCACAAGAGACGCUAUCUGCUGCAGCCAAUGGCGGUGGAGGUCUUCUCAGCGGACGGCAGGAACUAUCUACUGGCCUUCCAGAAAGGAGUGCGCAAUAAAGUUUAUCAGAGGUUUUUGGCGGUGGUGCCUUCCCUCGCUGACAGCUCAGAGUCUGUGUCUGGCCAGAGGCCAAACACCAGCGUGGAGCAGGGGUCUGGGCUGCUCAGCACUCUGGUGGGAGAGAAGUCCGUGACUCAGAGAUGGGAGCGUGGAGAAAUCAGUAACUUCCAGUACCUGAUGCACCUGAACACACUCGCCGGGCGCUCCUACAAUGACCUGAUGCAGUACCCUGUGUUCCCCUGGAUCCUGGCCGACUACGACGCUCAGGAACUGGACCUGAACAAUCCCAAGACAUUCCGAAACCUGUCCAAACCCAUGGGCGCUCAGACCGACGAUCGUCUCACGCAGUACAAGAAGAGGUACAAGGACUGGGAGGACCCCAACGGAGAGACCCCGGCGUACCACUACGGCACUCACUACUCCUCCGCCAUGAUCGUGGCCUCGUACCUGGUGCGCAUGGAGCCCUUCACACAGAUCUUCCUCCGGCUGCAGGGUGGACAUUUUGACCUGGCCGACAGGAUGUUCCACAGCAUCCGUGAAGCCUGGACAUCGGCCUCAAAGCACAACAUGGCUGACGUCAAAGAGCUCAUCCCUGAGUUUUUCUAUCUGCCAGAAUUCCUGCUCAACUCGAACAACUUUGACCUGGGGAACAAGCAGAACGGCACAAAACUGGGGGACGUGCUGCUCCCCCCCUGGGCCAAGGGGGACCCUCGGGAGUUCAUCCGCAUGCACAGAGAGGCGCUGGAGUGUGACUAUGUGUCCAGUCACCUUCAUGAGUGGAUCGACCUGAUCUUUGGAUACAAACAGCAGGGCCCUCCGGCUGUGGAGGCGGUGAAUGUCUUCCACCACCUCUUCUACGAGGGCCAGGUGGACAUCUACAACAUCAACGACCCGCUCAAAGAGACCGCCACCAUCGGCUUCAUCAACAACUUUGGACAGAUCCCCAAACAGCUUUUCAAAAAGCCUCACCCUCCAAAGCGCGUUCGCAGUAAAGCCAAUGGAGAGGUGGCCAGCGUACCGCCGAGCUCCAACAGUGACAAGAUCUUCUUCCAUCACCUCGACAACCUCAGACCUUCUCUGGCUCCUGUCAAAGAGCUGAAGGAGCCGGUGGGGCAGAUCGUGUGCACUGACAAAGGCAUCUUGGCUGUGGAACAAAACAAAGCUCUGGUCCCUCCGUCCUGGAGCAGGACAUACGCCUGGGGCUACGCCGACCUGAGCUGCCGCCUCACCAACUAUGAAUCUGAUAAGGCGUUGGUGGUGUACGAGAGCCUGUCUGAGUGGGGGCAGGUCCUGUGUGCCAUCUGCCCCAACCCUAAGCUGGUGUUGACUGGAGGCACCAGCACGGCCAUCUGUGUGUGGGAGCUGGGCACCGCCAAGGACCGCGCCAAGUCCCUGAGCCUCAAGCAGGCUUUGCUGGGACACACAGACGCAGUCACCUGCCUGACCGCCUCUUCGUCCUAUCACAUCGUGGUCAGCGGCUCUCGGGAUCGAACCUGCAUCAUCUGGGACCUGAACAAGCUGUCGUUCAUCACUCAGCUCAGAGGACACCGCGCUCCCAUCUCUGCUCUGUGCAUCAACGAGCUCACGGGGGAUAUUGUGUCGUGUGCGGGCACAUACAUCCACAUGUGGAGCAUUAACGGCAGCCCCAUCGCCAGCGCCAACACCUUCACAGGCCGCAGUCAGCAGAUCCUGUGCUGCUGCGUCUCUGAGAUGUACGAGUGGGACACGCAGAACGUCAUCCUCACCGGCCACUCGGACGGAGUCGUCAGGUUCUGGAGGAUGGAGUUCCUGCAGGUCCCAGAGACCCCCGCCCCAGAGCAGAACGAGCCCGAUGUCCUAGACUGCAUCAGCGAGGAGAAGAUGGAGGGCAGCGAGAGCCAUAAUGGUGAAGAGGACAGCAGUGAGUCUGAGGGAGAAGAGGCAGAGGCCAAACCUCCGCGGAACCCGUCGACUGGAGGAGGCAGCCAGCCGGGAAGCACCGUGCACCGGCCCCGAGGACCCUCUGGAAGGACCGGAGCCUCCUGGUCCAUGGACAGCGGCUCAGACGACUCUCACCGCUGGUCCGACACGCUCAGUAUUGAUGAGAAGGAUGGAUUUGUGUUUGUGAACUACUCCGAGAACCAGAUCAAAGGCCUCCACUGCCCCGGGACCCAGGCCGGCCAGGGCCCAGGGGCAGCAGUGGACGCCCGAGCUUACAACCAUCUGCGUGCAGGUUACCGAUGGGAGCGGCAGCUGGUGUUCAGAAGCAAACUCACCAUGCACACGGCAUUCGACCGCAAGGACAACGGCCACCCGGCAGAGAUCACCGCGCUCGCCAUCUCCAAAGACCACAGUAAGGUGCUGGUGGGAGACGGCCGUGGGCGGGUCUUCAGCUGGUCGGUGAGUGAGCAGCCCGGGCGCUCGGCUGCAGAUCACUGGGUGAAGGACGAGGGCGUGGACAGCUGCUCCGGCUGCACCGUGCGCUUCUCCCUGACCGAGCGACGCCACCACUGCCGAAACUGCGGACAGCUCUUCUGCCAGAAAUGCAGCCGCUUCCAGUCGGAGAUCAAGCGCCUAAAGAUCUCGUCUCCGGUGCGCGUGUGCCAGAACUGUUUCUACAACCUGCAGCACGAGCGCGGCGCCGAGGACGGACGCAACUGA